UUGUGUCAAUGAAAACUUUGAAAUUUUACCUUGUGUUUUUCUUUUCUUUUCAAUUCAUUGGCAAUACUCAGUGUGUAACGAUCGAAGAAUCCCAGCGAAUCAAUUUUUCACACAACGAGUUCAUCUUUGUGGGAUUCCCAGAGAUCUACGAGUACAGACGAGUACUUUUCUUACCGUUUUUCAUGACUUACAUUUUAGUCUUGGCGGGAAAUUCUUUGUUGAUCUACGUGAUUAGAAUUAUGGAGAGUCUCCACAGCCCCAUGUAUAUAUUAAUAUGUYGCUUGGCGGCGGUGGACAUAAUGGUGGCUACAGUCAUUAUCCCUAACAUGCUGCUCAGCUUCCUGUUUGACUGGAACGACAUCUCAUUGGCCGGCUGUUUGACUCAGAUGUUUUUCACUCACUUCCUCUCGUCAGUAGAGUCGACUAUUCUCCUGGCCAUGGCUCUGGACCGUUACGUGGCUAUCUGCUUCCCUCUACACUACACUCUCAUCCUCAACUCGGCCAUGUUUGUCAGACUGUCGCUGUUCACUGUUAUAAGGAGUGGUUCCGUCAUGUUUGUACUAGUCGCACUCGCCGGUUCUCUGUCUUUCUGUGGCUCCAAUGUCAUCAACCACUGCUACUGUGACCACAUGGCCCUGGUUAGCCUAGCAUGUGGUAACACGGACAAGAAUACUGCUAUGGGAUUGGCUGUGAUUGUCUGUUUUGUGGGAAUUGAUAUUUGCGUCAUUGUUUUCUCCUACAUGAAGAUUCUGAAUGUAGUGUUACGUGCAGCAGCAGGGGAGGAUAGAUGGAAAGCGUUCCACACUUGUGGCACCCACCUUAUUGUAAUAAUGUGUUUUUAUCUGAUUGGCACRGUUACUUUUCUGUCACGCAAUCUGAAUAUUCAAAUUCCAACUGACAUCAAUACUUUUCUAGGGGUGAUGUAUAUUGUUUUACCAGCAAGUGUCAAUCCAAUCAUCUAUGGAGUGCGGACAAAGGAAAUACGAAACCGUAUUUUGCAAAUGUUCAACACAAGAGUAAACAAAGUAUUGACUGUUCAGGUUGCRACUGUAGAAAUGUGAUUAGUUUCAAA